AAUCCUUCUGUCGGAGCUUGCCCCGGGGAACUAUUAUUUUGCUUUCAUCAUGAUGACUGAGGUAUAAACAAAAAAGAGAAGCAUUCGGGUUCGGAAAAUGAAAAGAAGAGAAGGGGAUAGAGAGAGAGAGAGAGGUGUGCACAGUAGAAUUGAAACGGGUAUGACGAUGGGCGUAUAAACACUAGUGGGGGCAUAAAGAAUUGUCAAAAGUUUUUUUUUUCUUUCUUUUUCUUCCAAUCAAUCAUAUUCAAGCAUCGAGCAACUCCCAAAAGGGGAUAUUUAGUUUUUUAGAGAGAGAGAGAAAAAAAAAAUAUUCUUUAUUCGCUGUUUCUUUUUGUUUUUAUACAUAAUUGUACAAACAUGUUGGAACACACUAGAGCCAAAGCACCUGCAGAGUCAAUAAAAGAGAGUUUUAUAGGUGAAGAGACUAAUGACGAUGAGGAAGAAGAAGAGGUCAGUUAUAAAGCAUCCCAGAAAAAACAACAAAACCGUAGUAAUACACCUGAGCAAGCCAAGAAAGGUAGAAAGAAAAGCAAUGGUGAUCCCAACCGAAGAGACAAAAUUGGAAGAACUCGAUUAUUUGCUGCUGCAAGAGCAGGUCAUCUAGACAAGAUUAAGGAAUGGAUUGAACAAGGUGCUAACGUCAAUGCCAAAGACAAUGCCAAAUACACACCUUUGCAUGAAGCCGCUAACCAUGGUCGAGUCGAAGUUGUCGAAUACCUCAUGCAAAUGGGCGCAGAUAUAAAAGCAAGAGCCAUUGGUCUCGACACCCCUCUUCAUGAAGCCAGUAAUUGCAACUCUGAACAAUGUGUCAAAUUACUCGUGGACGCUGGAGCUGAUGUUUUCUCUCUCAAUGAAAAAAACCAAAGACCCAUUGAUUUGUGUUCAACAGACGAAUGCGAAGCAAUCCUGACCAAGAAAAUGAAGGAAUUGGAUAAUGUGAUUAAACGAGAUGGUCAAGGCAAAUCACUUUUGCAUUAUGCUUGCUUGAAUAAUCAAGUCGACAAAGCAAAGGCCUUGAUUGAUCAAGGUGCAGAUGUCAAUGCAAAAGACAAUCAAGACAUUACACCACUUCAUUUAUCUUGUGCACAAGGUCACUUAAAUAUUGUUAAAUUAUUAUAUGGACAAGGUGCACUUGUCAAUAUUCUGGGUACACCAUUGGCCGAAACCCCUCUUCACCAAGCGUGUCGCAAUGGGAGAGAAGACAUUGUGCGUUAUUUGAUUGAUGAAGCAGAAGCCGAUGUGAAUAUCGAGAAUAAUCAGGGUGAAAAUCCAUAUCAUGUUUCAGCUUCUUUCCCACCCAUUCGCCAGAUAUUGACAGCUCGCAUGGAUGAAAUUCGACUUGAAAAGGAAGCUUGUCAUGCCUUGGAUGAAACGGCCAGAAAAAUGGCUCUGCAGAAUGAACCAGAACGUCAACUCACCCGUGAAGAGAGAAAGAUUCAGAGUUAUAUGAGAGUCUUUGACAAAUUACAAGGCGAUCAACAAAACAAAGACGACGAGUCUGCAUCAUCUGCCACAACAACUACCACUACGCCUCGAAGAAAGAAAAAACCAACAACUGCCGCUAAUCGAAAGUCGGCUUCAGUAGAACGAGACGUGACACCUACCAGAAAAGCACAAGUCAAAUUGGACCCUUUUAAAAAGGACAAUAGUGGUGGAACUCAACUUCAUAAAUUCGCUAGUCGUGGUGACCGUGAUGCUGUCAAGACAUUGUUGGAAUCCGGUGCCAAACCCGAUGAAAAGGAUUAUGCUGGUUGGACCGCACUUCAUGAGGCUGCUUUACAUGGCCACAUUGAAGUUGUGAAACUUUUGAUAGAUUAUGGUGCCAAUGUCAAUUCCAAAGGAGCCGACAUGGAUACACCUCUUCAUGAUGCGACAGAAAAUAAUCAUUGUGACAUUGUAGAGUUAUUAUUGGAUCAUGGCGCAGACCCAUUUGCCAGAAAUAUGAAUAAUGCUGAACCUAUUGAUCUUGCCACUGCGAAUGAAUAUGGAGACAUUAUUUUGGUAUUACAAAAUGCAAAUCCCGUCAAAAAGAAGAAGAGACCAAAGGUACUGUCAGCAGGGCCCAUGACAGAUGUGAAAUCCAAUCAGACCCAAAAGCCUAAAAAGCGACGACUCAUUCAAGCAGCCGACCUCGAAAAGAACCAAUCAGUGGAAGACGAGAUAAAACCGGUUAAAUUGAAAAAGCUACGACAACGAUCCUCUUCACCGGAAAUAGUUAAAGUCAAGGAAGAAGAGAUUCAUCCCAAAGAUAUCACUAGCAAGGAGAAUCUGAAUAAGACACGCUAUAUUCCCAACAAAAAAAGCCAUGAUAUACCUUCUAAAGUGAUUGAUCACAAUCAUCCAUACCAUUCACCCAUUCAUACACCCCCACCAGAACAAUGGACCAAGCAAAAACAUGACGGCACGCGAUAUUAUUCACCACUGUAUACUGUACGAAUCAAUUUUAAUUCACCCCUCACAUAUUACGUGGUGGAUUUGCAAGUCUGUCUAUUCCUUGGAUUUACAAACCUGGAUGAUUUCUACAAGGCCUAUCCGUUCAGCAAUAAAAAAAAGAAGAUUCACGACGAAGGUAAAAACCGACUUUGGUCUACAUUAAAGCACAUGAUUCGAGAGGAAAAGACAACGUUUGUAUCCAGACAAUUACACUUUAUUCCUUUGGAUGAUGUUCUGGCUUUGAUCAAGAAAGAUUACAAUCACCUCAGCCAGAGUUUAUUGACCAUCACUUUGGAUAUUGGUUAUGAAGAAAUCGAUAUCAAUAAGAAGUAUUGUAAUCUUCCUCCCAAGAUUGCAAUGAAAAUGAGAAAAUGUGGUUAUCAACACUAUUCAAAUUAACUAUACCCCAUCUUUCUGUAUUUUCCCUCACAAACUCUCUCUCUCUCCUUCUCUCCCUCCCUCUCCCUCUCUCUUUUUUUCACAGUACAUAUAUCGCAUCACAUCAAUAAAAAAAAAAGAAUAAAAAAACAAGGAGUAUUUACAU